CUCGGCCUCCUAUCCACCACAAGAUUAAACCAAAUCCCCAGAUAUUUUGCACUGACCAUUAUUUUUAUACUGACCCAGAAGCCUUCAAUUCACAAGAGCGAGCUGAGGGUUGAAUUUCAUUGAAACCAGGCGAAAAAAAAUGGCUUCCAUAGCAGCAACCAGAGUCGUACCCACCAGGGCCACAGCAGCCUUGGGUGCGCAGGACUGCUCAAACCAGCGGCGUUCCAUCGGCGGCGCCGCCUUUCCGCGGCUGAAAACCCAAUGGGCCGCUGCCCAGAGAGCAGGAAGACCAGGUUUGGUGCAGGCGUCGGCAAAAUACGACCUUUCAAGCUUUAAGUUCGAGCCAAUUCAGGAAUCCGUAGUCUCCCGCGAGAUGACCAGGCGCUACAUGACGGACAUGAUAACUUUUGCUGAUACAGAUGUAGUCAUAGUCGGUGCUGGUUCAGCGGGUCUUUCCUGCGCAUAUGAGCUGAGCAAAAACCCUGAAGUGAAGAUCGCCAUAAUCGAGCAGUCUGUGAGCCCUGGCGGCGGUGCCUGGCUCGGCGGGCAGUUAUUUUCAGCCAUGGUUGUCCGCAAGCCUGCCCAUGUCUUCCUUGACGAGAUAGGUGUUCCAUACGAUGAGGCUGAUGACUAUGUGGUCAUUAAGCACGCUGCCCUCUUCACAUCUACCAUUAUGAGCAAGGUUUUGGCCCGCCCUAAUGUUAAGCUCUUCAAUGCUGUUGCGGUGGAAGACCUGAUUAUAAAGGAGAAUCGCGUGUCUGGUGUUGUGACGAAUUGGGCUCUGGUUUCGAUGAACCAUGAUACACAGUCUUGCAUGGAUCCUAAUGUGAUGGAGGCCAAGGUGGUGGUCAGUUCUUGUGGCCAUGACGGGCCCUUUGGUGCUACGGGUGUGAAGAGGCUCAGGAGCGUUGGGAUGAUUGACAGUGUGCCCGGCAUGAAGUGCCUCGAUAUGAAUGUUGCUGAGGAUGCGAUUGUCAGGCUCACCAGGGAGGUUGUACCUGGCAUGAUUGUUACCGGCAUGGAGGUUGCUGAAAUCGACGGGGCUCCCCGAAUGGGACCCACCUUCGGAGCAAUGAUGAUUUCUGGACAGAAGGCAGCCCAUUUGGCACUCAAAGCUCUGGGCCUGCCAAAUGCCCUGGAUGAAUCUUUGAAUGUGCAACCUGAACUUACUUUGGCUUCUGCUGAAGAUGACAGCACUGCAUCUGCUUAGAUUAUCUUCUCAUGCAUCUGGUAGUUACAUUUUGUCUGUUAAUGUAUAGGGUUAAUAAUGUACUUUGAUGUAACAGGCAUGCAGAAUUUUUAAUCUAUGGCUUUGUUGUGUAUCUUGAA